GUCAUCAAAACAACUUCAUCAAUCGCCAUAACAACCAACCAAAAAGUCUUUAAUUGCUUACCACUCAUCUUCGAUCCCCAAACUUCCACCCCCAGCUUCCACCAUGCCUGAGACAAUCAUCAAGUCCACCAACGCCAAGAAGGAUGCCAUCAAUAAGUUGACGGACAAUGGAGUCAACACUCUUCGCACAACCAGCCUGAUUGAGUCAAAGUUCGACGCUCAAGCUCGUCGUCGUGACGCAAUGGCCGGGCAGCCAGAGAACAAGAAGCCUCGGAAACGGUAUGCCGGUGUCUAUGUCGACAUCGUUGACAAGAAUGGAAGAAUGGUUGCCAAGGGGACCAUUCGUGUGGACUGGGAUGAAAACAAGGGACCUCACAUCAAUGUCUCCAAAGGCAACGACAAGUUCGCCUUCAUCGCCCCUUCUAUCCCCAAGACAGAUACGGAACUGCAGAUCAACCAACAGAAGGAUGCGUUGACGGAUGAUGUGGAGAAGAACAUGAAGGACAAGAACGGCAAUCUGAUUUAUGAGGCUGCGGCCCUUAAGAAGGCCACUGACAGGUUCUUGCACAAGGACUUUUGGGAUGUGAAGAGCGUCUCGCAGACUGGCAAGCGUCUUUGAUUUUCUUCGCUUCCUUUAACACUCCGACCUCGACCCCCGUCUUUUUUGCAUUUAGUACUAGUACAC